CCAUAAGGCUCCUCGCGGAAGUGACGGCAAGGCGACGAUGGCGGCUUGCAGUUUCAUUCCGGAUUUCCACUGGACUACAAACUGAUUUUAUCCGGACCGGCUAGACUUUGUGGAAGUUUGGUAAACUGUCUCUCUUCGAGCGCCGCAAAGGUCGAAGUCACGUUGAACCAGAGCUUGACAGCGAGCGGCCCCAGAGGUUUUUUGGGGUAUUUUUGUCCAAGGUUCAAGGUGGUCACCCUGUCGAGCUAGCGGUAGCUCGGCGGCUACAAGCUAACGUUAGUUGUACACAGCUAGCUUGAGAGCUAGCUUGUCAACGAGCUGCGUGCUAAGGUCCAUACAGCAGCAGGCGUCGUGCAGCCGCUUUUCUUUUCACCACGUCCACGUUUGUGUUUUCCAGUUACAAUGCGAAUUCGGUCUGUUUAAUGCUAAUUGUGCCACAAGUGUGCAGAGCGAGGGACUCACACGUUUGCUUGGCCUCUUGUUCAUUUGAGUUGCUACUUUGGCGGCUGUGGCUAAGUCGGUUUUUGCCUCCACUAAUUAUCCACACAACUUCGGCCAAAAGCGGCCAAGCAGCUGAGAAUCAAAGUUUAGCAGCUGUGGGGUCUUUGCGUGCUUUUCAACAUGCUGAAGACCCGGCAGUGUUUACUUGGCAUCCGCACUUUUCUCGGCGUAACGUCCAGAAUAUGGGGCUUCAUCAUGUACAUCCUCAGGAAGCAUCUCAGAACGAUAAUCCAGUAUCAGACGGUGCGAUACGACACUUUGCCCCUGUCACCUAUCUCCAGAAACAGACUCAAUGCAGUAAAGAGGAAGAUUCUGGUUCUGGACUUGGACGAGACGCUCAUCCACUCACACCAUGACGGGGUCCUUAGACCCACGGUGAGACCUGGUACGCCGCCAGACUUCAUCCUCAAAGUCGUCAUCGAUAAGCAUCCAGUCAGAUUCUUCGUACAUAAAAGGCCGCAUGUGGACUUCUUUUUAGAAGUGGUGAGCCAGUGGUAUGAGCUAGUGGUUUUCACAGCCAGUAUGGAGAUCUACGGCUCAGCGGUGGCCGACAAGUUGGACAAUAACAGAAACAUCCUGAAACGCAGAUACUACAGACAGCAUUGUACAUUGGAUCUAGGUAGUUAUAUUAAAGACCUGUCUGUAGUACAUGAUGACCUGUCCAGUAUUGUGAUCCUGGACAACUCGCCUGGUGCUUAUCGGAGCCAUCCAGACAAUGCAAUACCCAUCAAGUCCUGGUUCAGCGACCCUAGUGACACAGCACUUCUUAACUUGCUGCCUAUGCUGGAUGCACUAAGGUUCACUGCUGACGUCCGCUCCGUCCUCAGUCGAAACCUCCACCAGCACCGGCUCUGGUGAUUGGCGGAACCCGAGGGGCCCGGGGGCUUGUUGAGCGGCCCCCUCCUCUCCGCCAGAUUCCAUCCCGCCCUCCGUUUCCCACUCCAGACGACCCGCCAGCCCUCCACCAGCCUCCCGGUUGGAUCCUAGGAGAUGAGGGCUGGGGCGACCGCCCAACACGGGAUGAACAGUUUGGGAUGGAUCACCAGAGCCCACAAACUACUGGGGAGGGAGGGGGAGCAGGCUUGUUUUUUUUUGUUUUUUUCUCCUCCUUCUUGAUUCUUUGUAUUUUUUUUUUUCCAAAAUAAAGCGGAGCCUCUCUGCCUUACAGCUCCUGAUACUGACUGAGCGUAUGGAGGUGAGCUUGUGUACGUGAGUCGGAUGCUUGCUGAGUUCGUUAGUCCUUUUUAAACUUUUUUGAUGAUUGGGAGGGAGGGGGGGGAUCCGGAAAGCAACAGAGACAAAUCUACAUUAUUUCUUCUUCUCCAUCACCAGACAUUGCACUUCAACACACAACUCAUCGAUUUACCUCAUACCCCAAAUAAUAAUUUUUUGAUUCUGAGUGAGUUCCUGGUACUUUUCCCUUUCUUUCUCGACAACAAUGGAUCAGUUUUGCUUGAAACUUUUACCGACAGCCCAUUAGUCUUUUUUUCUCUCUUUUUUCAGCCAUAAUAGUGAUCUUUCCCCUCCCGAGGCUCCUCAAUGGACUCAGUGAUAAAGACUUGACUGAAAAGUUGUGAGAAAAAAAGAAUGGCUUGUAACGAUAUGUGGACUGCCGUGCCGCCUUCCAUAUCUGAUUGUUUCUCUAUACCAUAAUAUAAGAUAAUAUGUCAUCUGCAUACCAUGGCAUUUUGCUCUCCCCUUUUGCCAUUUUAUGCCAUCCUGAUUUCAUCCAAUAGGAAUUGCACUUAAUUUCUUCCUUUUUUGCCCUUCUGUUUUCGUUGCAGUUGGUUUUUUGUAUUAUCAAAUUUGCAGCCACCACCCCCCCCCCCCUUUUCUCCCCCCUUGUUUUUUACUUUCUGCCCCCCCCUCCCCCCCUUUACUUUCCUGUCUGGGUUCGACUAUUAGACCCCUCCAUCUUUAAAUGCCUUCUGAACAAUGUCAGUCUUGUCAAGGCUCACAGCAGCUUCUUAUUGGCUCUGUCUCCAGGUCCGUGUUACUAAUAAAACACUUGUCAGUAUCGACCAGUUAC